AGAAUUGUUUGCUGUCAUGGACGUCUUCUCGGAGCUGCGCCGCCACGCGGGAAGCAACCACCCCCAGAAAGUAAAGCUGAAUGUGGUCUUGGCCGCCAUCUCGGACGUGAUCAUUGAACGGCGUGGAGCAAGCCACAUGGAAAAUCAGCCGAUCUCCAACACAGAAUACUUUGCCGCGCUCAUGACGGCCCUGGAAUCCCACGACAGCAGCUCGCAUGCGCAUGAGAUCAUGCAGCUGCUAACGAUGGUGCUGCCUGAAGUGCACGAUGCAGUUUUGCGCAACAAGUUCGACGCCGUCGCCCACGCACUCAUUCGCGUCAUGCAGUCGAACGAAGAAGACAUUUCGCUGAUCCGAUCGAGCUUGGUUGCGUUGGGCAUGGUUAUUCAAGCGCAGGAACCGACAGCCAGUGUGUGGAACCACCCGACGACACUUAAGUACUUCCACGUGCUCCUCGCGCUCGCCGCCGACCCGCGGCCGAAAAUUCGCAAAGCUGCGCAAUCGUCCAUCGUCAAGAUUCUCGAAGUCCAUGCCGACGCGCACUGCGACACACUGUCUACACAUAUUGCUUCGUUCGCUGAGAACAUUCUGGCGUCGGCCGUUGCGAAGGACCAGACCAAAGUCCUUCAGCUCGUCGGGUUUCUUGGGUCGGUGCUGCCGCUCCUGCCUGGCAAAGUCGUGACGAGUCUGUCGGAAGCGCUGCUCAAGCUGCUUCAAACCAACCAAAAGACCCUCGCUCUAGUCACGCUCGAAGCAUUUGACGCGGUCGUAGUGUCACCGUCGUCGCGCCUGUCGGCCGAGUGCCUCACGUCCAUCCUCACAACGGUUCUCACCCUCGACAGCAACAUCCACGACCAGCAGCAUGCGAUCUUGCUAAUCCAGAUCACAUGUCGCGCACUCGCCCGCCUGGAGCCGCUCCAAAGCACGCGCGACCUCCUUCCCCGCGUCGUUGUUGCCAUGUGCACGUACUUUGAAAGCCAGCACACCCACGUGCAUCGCAAAUGCGCCGAGCAGCUCAACGUGGCGCUGCAGGCAACCUUGAACCUCGGUCCGCACCCCGCUGUCCAGCGCGUUCUGUUCUCGCUGGAAGGCCUACUGACGCUGCGAUAUCAGCACGCCUGGGCCUCGAUUUUUUCGCUGCUGACGUCGAUUGUGUCGUUCUAUGGCGAGAAAGCGCACCCGGCGUUCAACUCGAUCUUCACGACGACCGUCGAUUUGUACGCUGCGAUGGAUUCGAUGCCCCAGGCGCACGACGACAUGCGCAAGUGGUUUACGCGGUUCAUGACAGCUGCAACGACGGCGGUCGGUGCCGAAGUCAUGCUGGCCGUUGUGCCGCUCCAAAACGCCCAAGGGAUAGUCGAAGAGCGGGCGUGGAUGAUCCCGGUCGUUCGGGAAGCCGUCAAGGCCGGGUCGAGUCGGUUGGAGUACUUUUCAACCACCAUCUUGUCCUUGGCCAAGGCGUGCGAAGCAGUCGCCCGCGCAGAUUCCACGACAGCGCUCGAAUCGAAGCGCAUGCAGGCGCGCACUAUGCAGCUGUGGAGCCUCUUUCCAAGCUUUUGCACAAACCCCACCGACAUCGCGAGCCAAUUCAAGAAGAUCGCCAAGACCCUUGCCAACGCCAUGUCAGACAAACGGUACCCGGAACUGCAGUUGCUCGUGUGCCAAGGUAUCCAAGCGUUGCUCAAGGCCGCCGCCGCUACGGCCAGCAACGAAGACGACCCGUCGGACGUGGAUCAAGUCGCGCUGAGCAAGUUCGCCGCGCGAUUCCUCCCGUUGCUCAUCACGAUCGUCGAGGGCUUGGACGCGACCACCGAGUCGGACCGCCUCCAGACCCUCAUGGACACAAUCACCAACUACGCCACGCUGGCCGAACGCGAGUUUGUCGAGACGGUGUUCAAACAACUCAUGCAAACGUUGCUGCAAACGACGACAGCUGCCAAGAAGAGCGGCGACGCCAAAGCCGCCGCGACGAUGCUGGCACAAGCGCAUUUGCACAUGAGCAUCGCUUUGGCCCUGGUUGCCAUUAUCGACGUGAGCCAAGUCGCGCUGCUCUACCGCGUCGUCAAACCGUACAUGCUGGACGAUACAGACCCGAUCAUGCAAAAGCGCGCGUACUCGGUGCUCGUGACGAUCUGCGAUGCCCACCCGGCCUUUGCCGCCGAACACUUGUCCGACAUGAUUGAGUCGCUAUCGGAAUCGCUUUUGACGUGCAGCGUCCCGGCCAAGAAGAUGCGUCUGCGAUGCCUCCAUCAAAUCGUCAGGGCGAUUGAGGCCGUGGAACACCCGGACACUGCAUUUGUCCCGACCUUGGUGGGUGAAAUCAUGCUGUGCACAAAGGAAGCGAACGCAAAGGCUCGCGAAGCCGCGUUCGAGGUGCUCCUGGCCAUGGCCAAGCUGCUCGACAACCAAGGCAACUUGAUGGACUUUAUUCAAAUGGUGCUCGGGGGUCUCGCCGCGCGCACGCCGCACAUGCGCAGCGCGUCCGUGCUGUGUCUGAGCCGGCUCGUGUUUGAGUUUGGCCGUACAGAAGAAACGAUCCAGCGCGCAAUGCCCGACCUGCUCCGGACCGUCUUGAUGCUUCUCCAUGAAAAAGCCCGCGAAGUUAUCAAGAGCGUCAUUGGAUUUCUCAAGCUCGGGAUUGCAAUUUUGCCCAAGGAGGCGCUCGUGGAAUUCUUGCCGUCGAUUGUGAACGGGUUGCUGCAAUGGGUCGGCGAGUCCAAAGCUCGGUUCCGCGCCAAGACGAGGACCAUUAUGAUGAAGCUUUGCCGCAAGUUUGGAUAUGAAUACGUGGCAUCUCUCGUGCCCGAAGCUGACCGAAAACUAAUCACACAUAUCCGCAAGACCAAGGAGCGCGAGGAUCGCGAGAAGGAGCAGAAGCGCGAGAACCGCGGCCAAAAAUCGUUUGACGAGUUUAUGCAGGACUCAGACGACGACGACAGCGACCACGAGCCGGCGGCGCACGCCGUGCAACGGCCGUCCAAGAAAUUCAAGACCGCGUCCGGCGCGAGCAACUACAUCAAGGAAAACGCCGAAGAGGACAUUGUGGACUUUCUCGACAAUGCUGCGUUCAAAAACAUUGUGGCGUCCAAAAAGACCAAGCGAGUCGAAUCCGACGACGAAUUUGAAGUCGCCAAGGAUGGCCGCAUGAUCAUCCCUGGCAUGGACGACGAUGACGACGACGAAAUGGGCGAUUCGGACGAUGAAGACGCCGUUCGCCGCGACGUCCAAAAGAAACUCGCAAACAUGGGCCUCGACAAAAAACGGAAACGCGAUGGGCCGGCGGCGCCGGCUGCCGGAAACGAGUACCGCGCCAAGAAGGCAGCAGGCGACGUCAAGAAGCAAGGCAAGGUCGACCCGUAUGCAUACAUCCCGCUGGACCCGAAGCUCAUGGCCCGCCGCAACAAGAAAAAUGCGGUCUCGAAAUUCAGCAAGACCGGCCGCGUUGGCAAACAGAGAAAGUAGAGUCGACGGUUGGGCUCGAAAUGAAUUCGUUAUUUCUACUCUUCGAGUGUGGUUCAUGGUCGGGGACUCCUCGAUGGCCACAGACUCGUCGGAAACAGCGACCAAGAAGGACCUGCGACAUCUCGUUAAACAUGGCACACUGCGGCCGGACGAGGUCUCCCUUGAAUCGAUUCUUUGGUGCGUUUUGUAUUAGCUUCGGCCGCAAAAAUGGCUUUGUGUAUGGUGGUAGAGGGACGGGAUGCAUGUGGCGCCACGACAGCAAGGGCGUCUUCCAUCGCACGCGCUGGACGGUCCCUGCUGCAGCACAUGCCACUGGGCUAGGAUCUGCAGGCGGCGCUCUGUUGAACUGGAUGGGCGUGUGCGGUCAAACCGUGGAUCGUCGCGCCCAGUCCACGCGAUUCGACUAGUUCCGGUACACUUGAAUGACUUCGCGCACGUAUUGCCGACAC